CAUGCGCGUUGUGGGUCGGCUGAAGGACGCGAUUGGGGAACAGCACCAUGUGUUUAGACUCAUAAUAAACGGAUUAAACCUCAGCAUCGUGCUGCUGUGCUAAAACACCGGGCUAUAAUGAGACACGGGUUGUUCUACGGAAUUAUCCGUUUAAAAUAUCCGCGAGAAUGUUUAAGACACUCUUCUUUUCGGCUUUCUCGGUCUUUUUCGGACGCCGCUAACGAGCCAUUGAAACGGUGGACUUUUACAGUCAGCCCUUUUAUUAAAAUUAGUUGCCAUGUGCACUGCAGUGUCUCAGUACAGCCCCUGGACGCACACGCAUUUCCGGGAGCAGAUCAGGUGUUUGUUGCUGUACACGGGCGCAGCGCUGAUGACGUCACCGCACUGGACACCGUUCAGGUGCACUAUGAUGAUCAGAGCAAGGAGCUACAAGUCAUCAGCCACGAGACCAUCACUACUGACCUGUCUAUAGACCUCACAGCUCCUGUAAAAAGUGACCUUUGUGUUGUUAGUUGUGGGAAUGGCAGUGUGAAUAUCCAGAACAUGGAAAGUGAUCUAUGUCAAGUAGAGACAGAGAAAGGUCACUGCAUCCUUCAGUCAAUCAAGUGUCACAAAGUGCAGGUACGGUCUAGUGGGGGAAACAUCACGGGUAUGGGCACCAUCCAUGGAGAUGUGGAGAUAAUCACCGCUGGACCCAGUAGAGUUGAUAUUAAGAAGGUCCAGGGAACAUCCAUGAAUUUGUCCACAGAACAUGGUCCACUAAAUGUGAAAGCCAUUUAUGCUGAGUCCAGUGCUGUGGCUUCCUCUUCAGGGAAAAUCCAUAUUGGGCAUGUACACGGUGAAGCAUUUGUGAGGAGUAACACAGGAGAUAUCAUUAUAGACAGCUCUAGUGGUUUCCUAACAGCUCACACUGAUGCUGGAAAUAUUGAUGCCUAUGUGAGCCAAACAGGAACAGCAGAACUUCAUACAAAACAAGGUGCUGUGAGCGUCCGUGUGCCGUCCACUUUAAAGGCCUGGGUGCGCUUGUGUGGAAUGACAGUGGAUGCCAGUUCAGAGAUUGCUCAGGAGACACAAAUCCAAUCCUCUGAUGGAAAAACUGUACUAACUGGGCCGCUGAAUGGUGGCACUCAGGAGGACUGCUGGAUCAGUGCCACUGCUGACAGAGGCGCCGUGGACGUCAAGACCCAGAGCUGGUUUGAGACACUUAAACUGGGGAGCUGAAUGAGGAUUCACAUUUAAAUCCAACUUUAAAAAUGUUAUGUUUGGUUUUGUUCCUGUUUUGUUAUUAUGUGUAAAGUGUAUUAUUGCUGAUUCAUAAAUAUUUCACGAAAUAAAUGGUGUAUAUAUCAAA